CCGUGAUCUGUGAAGGCUGGCAGCCUUUUUGAAGACUGCAAUAGGUGCUGGCAGCAUCAGGGUGUCUGUUGUGAAGCAGCUGAGAUGGAUGCGCUCAGAUUGCUUUCUCGCUCUGCGGGCUUGAAAUCGAGAAGCGCAAAAUCUUCGCUUCAAAAUUUGCCAUCAGCCUCUGGACACUCAACGAACGAUGGCAACUCAGAUCCAGCCGCUACCCGGAAACGAAAGCGACACGUGGAUGCGACGGAAGAUACUAGCAAUGUGGUUGUCCCAUCUGCAACACUUUCCGAGGAAGACGUCCGGCAGAUCCAAAAGAAGCAAAAGAUCAAGAUUGUGGAUUUAAAUCGUUUUCGAGCAGCCAGCGCAAACUCAGAGUCACGGAAAGCACAGAAAGAACAGUCGCGCAUUUUCUCACAGCCGCUUACUUCAUUCAGUCACCUUCGUCAAUUUAAUGUCAAUAAGGCCUUGACUCGCAAUGUUUCAGAUCAGGCAUAUUUUCAGCCUACAGAGGUGCAAAUGGCGACCAUUCCACUGCUCCUCCGAGGCUCCUCCGAAGAAGCCAGCGAACCCGACCUUUUGACCAUCGCGCCAACGGGCAGUGGAAAGACCCUGGCGUUCCUGAUACCGCUGAUCGAGAAGGUGUCGAGAAGUCACAAGACCAGCGAUGGCCAUCCAGAGAGACAUAUCAGUGCGAUCAUCCUUGCACCAACAAAAGAACUUGUGUCUCAGAUUGUCACUGAAGGACGAAAAUUAUGCUUGAAGACAGGCGUGCGCAUAACAGCCAUGAGGAAAGGGAUGACAUUGUUCGAAGGACAUGCGCCGACGAACGAGGACGGGACUGAGGACGAUGAGUCUGAAAAAGACGACGAGGAUCAAAUAUCGACUACCAGUGCGCCAGUCACGAAAACUGACAUCCUCGUCUCAACGCCCCUGAGCCUCGUUCACGCGAUUUGUCCAUCGUGGGAAGAGGACGAAUCUAUAGCACCUCAUCCUCUUCCGAACAUCGAAACAUUAAUACUCGAUGAAGCAGAUGUUCUUCUAGAUCCAAUAUUCCGUGCGCAGACUCUGGCUGUGUGGUCAGCAUGCACCUCUCCUUCGCUGCGAAUAAGCAUGUGGUCGGCAACGAUCGGGUCCAACGUCGAAGAACUUGCAGUGCAGACCAUUUCGAGGCGUCACAAAAGCCUCAAGAUUCGCCGCAGUCAACGAACACCCUUACUGCGGACAAUUAUUGGGUUGAAGGACACCAGCUUACCGACAAUAUCGCAUCGACUAAUAUUUACAGCAACCGAAUCUGGGAAGUUGCUGGGUAUGCGUCAGCUAUUACAUCCAUCACGCUCCUUCACAUCGGGGAAGGAAGACACGACAGUGCCUCUUCGUCCGCCAUUCCUCGUCUUCACCCAAACGAUAGAGCGUGCGCAAUCACUCUACAAUGAGCUCCGAUACGAUAUCCCCGCUCCAGCAGGAGGGUCGUCACGCAUUGCGGUGCUGCAUUCGUCACUCCCCACCCACACCCGCUCCAGCAUCAUGCAGAACUUCCGACUCGGCAAAAUAUGGAUCCUGAUCACAACGGACCUUUUGUCACGGGGUGUGGACUUCAGGGGUGUGAAUGUGGUUGUGAAUUACGAUAUCCCGAACACGGUAGCCGGAUAUGUGCAUCGUGCAGGUCGGACGGGAAGAGCAGGUCGGGAGGGUGGUGUCUGUGUCAGCUUUUACACCAAGGAAGACAUCCAAUACGUAAAGGGCAUUGCCAAUGUGAUUGCUGCAAGCGAGAAGUCCCAGACCCCUUCGGACAGGACCGCCGGAGUUGUGAAAGGCAACAGCACGACGGCAUCUGAUCCGGCAAAGACCGGUGGAAUUCAGCCGUGGCUGCUGCAUGCACUACCUUCCGUAUCCAAGUCAGCAAGGAAGAAUCUCAAACUUCACGGUGUCGAAUCACGACGGGCGGUCCAUGCCGACGACGACGAGAAGACGAAGCGGAUGAAACGAAAGGCGAGGAUUGGGACACAGAGCGGCUUCGAGAGACGCGAAAUGAACCGGAAACGUGGUGCUAUAGAACACAGUCUGCAGGGCAAGGGGAAAGAGCUAGUCGAUGAGGACGGAAAUGGGAACGAGGAAUGGGAAGGCUUCGGCUCAGCUUGACGUCGCGAUGUCACAGAAGGCAUAACCACCACGUUUAAUCAUACAGCAGGAACCUUGACCGUGCCUUUUUUUUGCUCUCUCCUCUUGCGGUCCCGAUCUGACUUAGGACUUCGCGCAUCGCUGGAGGUCAGCAAGCCAGUCACGAGUUGCAGCGGUACAAAGCUAUUGACUUCAGGCUACAGCUGCAUUGGACGCGUCAAUGCGCCAGAUCUCGGUAAUCUGUUGACCGAGGUACUUGGGGUAGGGCGCCCCUGGCGCGCGCUGAGUUGCCGUGUCCCUUGAAGCCAGGCACUGGACACGACAGCUUGCAAGCUUUUGCGCCGGACAAGACCCAACCAACGCUGCGCGGUUGGAUACGUCGAGCCGUGUUCGAGACUGGCCGAUGCCAGUCGUGGCUAUCGUUUGUGGCUUGGUGUUUUGGGUUUGCGCAAGGACCGCGAUGGUUCUAGACCCUCGUACCCUAAUU